CGCCAAACUGUUCAUCUGUACCCUUUUCUCCGUUCGUGCACCAAUCCUCCUCCCCAACGCGACUCUUCACUCGUUUUCUUGAUAUCCGCCUCAUUAACCAGCUUUCCAUCUACUCUUCGACAUUCGCUUGCUUCUGAACACCUUUCUCACAUCGCAGCCCUACGCAUAUGUCCCAAGAAUAGCCAACUUGGCGUGCAUACAUUUUCACAGACAGCACAAACCUUAAUCCAUAUCGAGCUUGCGACGUCAGAAGGACCCACUCAACAAUCGAGGGCGACGGCAAACGGCUUCCCGAUAAACCGACUGACGACCAAGUGCUGGAAGUCGUCGGAUCCAACUGCACCUUCCAACACCAACUUCUUUCUUCUAGGAGCAGCGUUCCAGGUCACUCGUUUCCUGGUUUGCUGUUACCAAUACCGCCACCAUGACGACCCCAGUGGACGAGAGGCCGGAGCCGACAUAUGUACAACCAUCAUACAACAUGAGCAAUCCCGGUCGAAAUAGUAUCGAACGACAAUCAUUACCUUCAUACAACGUCAACAACACUGCACAUCGAGGAGGUCGCGCCAAUAGCUCGGACGAUGGGACCAUGAUUGGAGACCAUGAGGCAAAUGGGAAUCAAUAUCAAAACGAAAAAGAGAGUCUGGACCGCAGCAAUGAGCAUCUUGGAGUUCACACCAGACAACGAAGUGGCAGCCAUCUCACCCUGGACACCCAAUACGAGCCCGGAGAUCCCCUUCGGAACAUUGCCUCACCCUCGCAAGCUCGAGAACAGACAACUAGACUGGAUGAUGAUCUUACGCUUCUCAAAAUCGAACGUCAAAUUUCGCGUCAAGAAGAGGAUGCUCUUUCCAAAGUCAAGAGCCAAGGAGGAGAGACUUAUCGAAGCAAAUCGCGAACGCGUGUAGAACACGUCGAUGAGUUUGAUGAGGCGACGAAUCCAGUACAUGAGAAGACCCAGGUCUACAAGCCGGUCGAACAUCCGACCACGAAAGUCGGCAAGUUUUUGAAAAAAGUACAUCAGUCCAACUUUUUGAUCCGCUGGUUCACAUACAUGCUGCCAGUGACGCUGAUUUUACUGAUACCAUUGCUGCUUGGCGCGCUGGUGUUCAAGGAUGCCACCGUGGGCGGUGUAUACCUGAUGUGGUUCAUGAUCUGGCUCGAGAUUGUCUGGCUCACUCUUUGGGCGGGCAGAAUGCUGGCGAAGUGUCUACCCUGGCCCAUCGGCAUGGUAUCCAGCUUGUUUACCAACAACAGCAAAAAGUGGCGAGAUAUGGGCAAGCAGCUCGAGCUUCCGGCAACACUAUUUUUCUGGUGGCUGGCCAUCGAAAUCUCCUUCUUGCCGACCAUGAAGAGCCACCAACGGGACCAUGGCUACGACUAUACGGCAUCGUGGAUGAACACCAUGAACAAGGUUCUUGUUAGUUUCAUGGUGGGAGCUAUUCUCAACUUUGUGGAAAAAAUCAUUAUUCAACUCAUUGCCAUCAGCUUCCACCUGAGGACGUAUGCUGACCGCAUCGAAAUCAACAAAUUUCAGAUCGGCUCGCUAGUAAAGCUCUACAAGUUCUCCAAGGAAAAGAUUGAGAUGGAUGACGCUGAAUUCGAAGAACGAACGGAGCCCGCUAGUGGCGCUCGAACUCCUGGCCAGGCCUUCAAUGAAGCCAAGCAAGCUGCUAAACAGGGUUUGAGCAAGUUUGGCGACGUGGCUGGCAAGGUCGCAGGCGAUUUCACUGGCAAAACUGUUACCAAGAGCACGCAUCCACACCAAGUCGUUCUGACACUGCUUAGCUCAACAACUGGCGCUCAAGUGCUCGCUCGUCGUCUUUACCGCACCUUCGCUCGCGAAGACAUUGAGACUGUCGUAGCAGAUGACCUCCGACCUGCUUUCGAGAACGAUGAUGAAGCUACUGCUGCCUUCACAAUGUUCGACAAGGACAUGAAUGGCGACAUCAGCAUGGAAGAGCUUGAGGCUGUUUGCGUCGAAAUCGGUCGCGAGCGAAAGAGCAUCACUGCGUCCCUCAAGGACUUGGACAGCGUCGUGGGCAAGCUUGACGAUGUCUUCAUGUUCAUUGUCUGCGUCAUUGUCAUCCUGGUCUUGAUUUCCCUCAUCUCGACUUCGGCUGCUGGAGUACUCACAUCGGCUGGUAGCGCAGUCUUGGCACUUUCAUGGCUUUUCAGCGCAACCGCUCAGGAAUUUUUGCAAUCCGUCAUCUUCGUUUUCGUCAAGCAUCCUUUCGAUGUCGGCGAUCGUGUUGGCAUCUACGGAAACACAGGUGCUCUUCUUCGAGGAGACGACUACUUCGUCAAGGAGAUCGCAUUGCUGUACACCGAGUUCAAGAAAAUGGAGGGACACAUUGUGCAGGCACCAAACAGCUAUCUCAACACCCUUUUCAUCCUGAAUCAGCGUCGUUCCGGAGGUCUCGCAGAAGCUGUCAGCAUUACCAUCAAGUUCGGAACCACUCUUGAUCAGAUCGAUGGACUGCGAACCAAGCUCCUCGAAUUCGUCAAGUCUGAGAAGCGCGAGUACCAAGGGAACAUCCUGACAGAGCUGCGCGACAUCGUGGAAGUACAUUCGAUGAACUUGAACGUCGUCUUCUUCUACAAGUCGAACUGGCAGAACGAAGGAUUGCGUCUCGCUCGCCGAAACAAAUUUAUCUGUGCUAUGAUGGUUACCAUGCAAGAAUUGGGCAUCGAAGGACCAUACAUGCGCUUCCCAGGAAUGCGCGAGAGCUUCCCAAUGUACUUGUCGAACAUUCCACAUGUUGGAACCACUGGCGCUGGACAUGGCGGGACACCAGAUAACCCUUACGGCAACCCACCAGCAGGCUCGGAGAACAAUGAGGGCGGCUACCAAGAUCCACCAUUUGUUGCUCCAGAAGGUGGCGCAACUGGUGGCUCACAGUUUCCUCCUCGCUCGCGUGGCUCGAUCAUGAAGACUGGUGGUACCGGUAGACCCCGCGGCGAAUCUCUUUCUCACAUGAGCAAGCGAGUCGAUUUCAGCUUGGGCAUGAAGAGCUACGCUGCUAUGGGCGACUUGUCUGGUGAUGUCUACGAAGACCGCAACAGUGACCGACCUCGUAUGGAGAUAAUUCAAGCUUCACGUGAGCGCGAACGAGAACGUUCCGAAGCUCGCGCCUCACAGGAACGCGCCGCUUCUGCCCGUGGUGGAAGCACGGAGUCAGCUCGUACCAGUGCUCGCGACAAUUUCGUUCCUGGAGGUCUGGCAAGACGAUCGACAGAUGUGUCAUUGAGAGCGAGAAGCAGUCUGCAUCGAAAUCGCUUCUUCGGACGGUCCUCGCAUAGCGCCGAGGGCGCUGCGGCCGAUGAAAUGGAGCGUGGAAUCGCGAUGGCGGGGAUUCCGGAGGAGGCUGCUAGGAAUUCUCCCACUGGUACGAAUCAACGACUUGAUCCGCGCACGGGAAUAAUUUCUCCUGCGGCCUGGAGAACCACGACGGACGAGGACAAUGCCAACGGGCCUCGUCAUGUUUCAGUGGAGACUGCUCCGGAGCUGCCCCAUCAAGUGAGCGGCAGUGGCAACUUGGGCGAUGUGCCGCAUGUCAAUGCUGCUGCUGCGCCAGAUGGACAUAGAAGUCUUGCUGGCAGCAGAGCUCAGACUUUCCGGUAGAUGAUACAUCUGUUGAGAGGCUAUGGGUUGCUUUGGUGCGCUGGAGUUGACGAGUUAUACACUUGGGUGGGAUGUGGCAUAGCACUGGAAAUAACGAACAGAACGGAACACGGAAACGGCCUGAAAUGGGAGCAUAGAAAUAGAUCAGAUGUUACUAUUACUGAAUUACUGACUGCGAAGAAUGCAGACGGAGUGAGAAGAUAGAGAAGAUGGCAAGCACUGAUGAAAGGCUCUCGAUGAAAUGCAAAAACUACUAUGCC